GGGCUGCGUGGCUGGCGCCGCCAAGCUUGGUAUUCGUAUAGACGACUCUAAGAAUGCAAGCCCAAGCUGCGACCAACCUGGCUGCCUACGUGCAGGCGAUCCUGAAGGAGCCGACGGCUGUCGCCGCCGAGGCCGCCGGCGCCCAUGCGCUCGCCAAGACUGACGCGCUCCUCGCCGUCAAGGACCAGGACACGGACAUUGAGGGCGCGUUCAAGCUUCUGCUCAAGUCCACGGGCGCCACGCACGUGCCCGAGCUGCUGAAGAAGCUCACGGCCGACACGACGACGAACGCGACCUUGAAGCUCCGCAUCCUCGCCGAAGUGUUCAACAGCCUCCCGGCCGCGAACGCGCUCCGCUUUGAGACGCUCGUGAGCAUCAUCAACUAUGCUGGAGCGACGAACCAGGUGCACUUGAUCAAGAGCUACUUGAACGACAUGGACGCGCUGGUCGCGGGCGUUGCGCCGGCCAACCUGCAGAGCGUGUACCUGAGCAUCGCCGACCUUCUCGAGAAGGAGGUCGACAGCAAGCACCAAUCGCUCCUCUUCCUCGAAAAGUACCUGAACCUCUUUGAAUCCGAGAAGGACGUGUCCAAGGCCAAGCCGGCCGCGAUCCGCGCCGCCGUCGCCGUCAUCAAGGCGCCGGUCGAGGCCUUUGUCGCGCACGUCGAGCUCCUCCACCUCAAGGCUGUCCAGCAGCUCAAGGGCGCCGACAAGAUCUACGACCUCCUCGAGAUCUUCACGUCCAAGUCGCUCGCCGACUACGUGGCGUUCGAGAAGGCGUCGGCCGCGACGCUCACGGCCCAUGGCCUCGACAGCGCGGUCUGCACGUCGCACAUGCGUCUCCUCACGCUGUGCUCGUACCCGACGGGCCACGAUGCGAUCGCGUACGCCGACAUUGAGCGCACGCUCCAGGUGCCCGCCGCCGACGUCGAGCAGUGGGUCGUCAAGGCCAUCACGGCCAACUUGAUCUCGGCCAAGAUCGACCAGCUCGGCCGGUCCGUGGUCAUCACGCGGUCGCUUCAGCGCGGCUUUGGCCCCGCCGAGUGGGCGGCCUUGCAGGCCAAGCUCUCGCUGUACCAGGCCAACGUUGGCAGCCUCCUCGCGACCAUCCGGCAGGCGCGCCAGUAAUGAUCUUGAAGAUAGUAGUUUUAUGUCGCUAAUUCUUACGACCAUUUCCGUAUUUCGUACCAAGUGCCC